AUGGCGGCGAAUAAAGAGAUUCUGGCCUUGCAGGCUGAAGUCGCUUUGCGUGAAGAGGAGCUGAAGCUUCUCAAACAGCGAUUAGAGGCAGCGACGGCGGAACCAUUCUCGCGGCAGCCGAGUGAGCCUGCGCCGCUGCCGCCGAAGACCUCUCUGUCCCGGGAAGAGAUUCUUCGUUACAGCCGGCAGCUAGUUCUGCCGGAGCUGGGGGUGCGCGGGCAGCUGCGCCUGGCCGCCUCGUCCGUGCUAGUAGUGGGUUGCGGCGGCCUGGGCUGCCCUUUGGCCCAGUAUCUGGCAGCGGCUGGAGUGGGCCGCCUGGGUCUCGUAGAUCACGACGUGGUGGAGCUGAGCAACCUGCACCGGCAGGUCCUGCAUGGUGAAGGUCGGGCGGGCCAGGCUAAGGCACACUCCGCCGCCGCCGCCCUAGGACGGCUCAACUCAGCAGUACAGUGUGUCCCUUAUGCUGAAGCCCUCACCCCGGCCACUGCGUUAGAUCUUGUCCGCCGCUACGACGUGGUGGCAGACUGCUCGGACAACGUACCCACUCGCUACCUGGUCAGCGAUGCGUGCGUCCUGGCCGGCCGGCCUCUGGUCUCGGCCAGUGCCCUGCGUCUGGAGGGUCAGCUCACGGUCUAUCACUACGAAGGUGGGCCCUGUUACCGAUGUGUCUUCCCCACGCCACCCCCUGCCGAGACGGUGACCAAUUGUGCGGACGGAGGCGUCCUGGGCGUAGUGCCUGGAGUGCUGGGCUGCCUACAGGCGCUCGAGGUGCUCAAGAUCGCUGCCGGUCUUGGGCCCUCCUAUAGUGGCAGCCUUUUGCUCUUUGAAGGGCUUACAGGUCAGUUCCGCCGCAUCCAGCUUCGGGGCCGUAGGUCAGACUGUGUAGUCUGUGGAGACCAUCCCACAGUGACCCAUCUGGAGGACUAUGAAGCGUUCUGUGGCUCCUCGGCAACGGAUAAGUGCCGUUCUCUACAGCUGCUCUCUCGGGAAGAGCGGGUCUCUGCUGCCCACUACAAGCAGGUGUUGGACUCAGGGGAACCUCACCUUCUGCUGGAUGUCCGGCCAAAGGUGGAGGUGGACAUCUGUUGCCUACCUCAUGCACUCCACAUCCCUUUGAGCCGCUUGGAGCGUCGGGAUUCGGAGAGCCUGGAACUGUUAGGGGAUGCCAUUAGGAAAGGGAAGCAGAAUAUUAAAAAAGGGAUGCUUUUCCCCAUCUAUGUGAUUUGCAAACUGGGGAAUGAUUCUCAAAAAGCAGUAAAAGUCCUGCAGGGCUUGUCAGUCAAAGAAUUGGACUCCUUGUUGGCCAGAGAUAUUUCAGGAGGUCUUAUGGCAUGGGCCACUAAAAUAGAUCCAACAUUUCCACAGUACUAAUUUCUGUUGUUCACAUGCCUGAAAUAGAUGAGGGGCAAAAACUAUAUUUUUAAAUUGUAAAUUUUAAAAUUACCUCAAGGAAGUAGUGUGAAUAACGGUAGAGGAAGGGAGGAGGUUGGAAGAUUAUUUUUUUUCUUUCAUAAGUAAAUGUUUUGUUUUUCAAAAGUUCAUUUUAUUAAGGCAACCUUUAUUUUUUAGGAUUAAUCCUUUAGGACUGAUGUGAUCAAAUAAGGGCGAGGAUAGGUUAAAUAUUAGACUCUAGAUAGAUGCUUGCUUCUGCCUCAUUAAAGAGAAUUGGUGAUUGUUAAAGCAGCUUGUUCAGGAAAGAUUUGAAAAUGGUUUAAUUGGUGAAAUAAAUCAAUGUAAUUUGUUCUAAUAA